AUGAUUCAUUCUUUCUUAUAUUUUCAGGUGCUUCCACUGAGGACAUUGAAGAGACAAACUCUUGUCUUUUUACACUUGAUCCUAAUUUCCAGAUUCCUUGGGGCUAGAUGGUUUCCUAAAACUCUGCCCUGUGAUGUCAGUCUGGAUAAUUCAAAGGCCCAAGUGAUCGUGGACUGCACAGACAAGCAUUUGAUGGAAAUUCCUGAAGGUAUUCCCACCAACACCACCAACCUCACCCUCACUAUUAACCACAUCCCAAGCAUCUCCCCAGACUCCUUCCACAGGUUGGACCACCUGAUAGAGAUUGAUUUCAGAUGCAACUGUGUACCUGCUCGACUGGGACCAAAAAACAACGUGUGUACCAAGAGGUUGCAAAUUAAGCCUGGAAGCUUUAGUAGAUUCACUUAUUUAAAAUCCCUUUACUUGGAUGGAAACCAGCUUCUGGAGAUACCGCAGGAUCUUCCUCCCAGCCUAAGGCUACUGAGCCUUGAGGCCAACAAUAUCUUUUCCAUCAUGAAGGAGAAUCUAACAGAACUGGCCAACAUAGAAAUACUCUACCUGGGCCAAAACUGUUAUUAUCGCAAUCCUUGUAAUGUUUCAUUUUCAAUUGAAAAAGAUGCCUUCCUCAACCUGAGAAAUUUAAAAGUGCUCUCACUGAAAGGUAACAAUGUCACAAGUGUCCCCACUGUUUUGCCAUCUAAUUUAACAGAACUCUAUCUUUAUAACAACAUCAUUGAAAAAAUUGAAGAAAGUGAUUUUAAUAACCUCAACCAAUUGCAAAUUCUUGACCUAAGUGGAAAUUGUCCUCGUUGUUAUAAUGUACCAUUUCCUUGCACUCCCUGUGAAAAUAAUUCUCCCUUACAGAUCCAUGCAAGUGCUUUUGAUCCAUUGACAGAAUUACAAGUUUUACGUCUACACAGUAACUCUCUUCAGCACGUGCCACAAAGGUGGUUUAAAAACUUGAACAACCUUAAAGAACUAGAUCUUUCCCAAAACUACUUGGCCAAAGAAAUUGAGGAUGCCAAGUUUUUGAGUUCUCUCCCUAACCUUGUUCAAUUGGAUCUGUCUUUCAAUUACGAACUUCAGGUCUAUCAUUCAUCUAUCAACCUACCACGUACAUUUUCUUCAUUGAAAAACCUGAAGAUUUUGCGGAUCAAAGGAUUUGUCUUUAAAGAGCUUAAAAACUCUAGUCUCUCUUCAUUACAUGAUCUUCAGAACCUUGAAGUUCUUGAUCUUGGCACUAACUUUAUAAAAAUUGCUAACCUCAACAUAUUUAAACAAUUGGAAAGAUUAAAUGUUAUAGAUCUUUCAGUAAAUAAAAUAUCACCUUCAGGAGAUUCAAGUGAAAGGGACUUCUGCUCUAACACCAGAACUUCGGUAGAAAGUCAUGGACCCCAGGUCUUUGAAACAUUGCAUUAUUUCAGAUAUGAUGAAUAUGCAAGGAGUUGUAGGUUCAAAAACAAAGAGACUCCUUUCUUGCCUAUUAAUGAAAGUUGCCAAAAUUAUGGGAAGAUCUUGGACCUAAGUAGAAAUAAUAUAUUUUUUAUCAAGCCCUCUGAUUUUCAGCAUCUUUCUUUCCUCAAAUGCCUCAAUUUGUCAGGAAAUGCCAUUGGCCAAACUCUUAAUGGCAGUGAAUUCCGGCCCUUAGGAGAGCUGAAAUACUUGGACUUCUCUAACAACCGACUUGAUUUACUCUAUUCAACAGCCUUUGAAGAGCUUCACAAUCUGGAAGUUCUGGAUUUAAGUAGUAACAGCCAUUAUUUUCAAUCAGAAGGGAUUACGCACAUGCUAAACUUUACCAAGAACCUGAAGUUUCUGAAGAAAUUAAUGUUGAACGACAAUGACAUCUCGACCUCCGCCAGCAGGACCAUGGAGAGCGAAUCUCUUGUCACUCUGGAAUUCAGAGGAAAUCACUUGGAUAUUUUGUGGCGAGAUGGCGAUAACAGAUACCUACAAAUCUUCAAGAAUUUGCUAAACUUAGAGGAAUUAGACAUCUCUAAAAAUUCUCUGAAUUUCUUGCCUCCUGGAGUUUUUGACGGUUUGCCUCCGAAUCUAAAGAAUCUCUCAUUGGCCAAAAAUGGACUCAGAUCUUUCAAUUGGCGAAAACUCCAGUCACUGAAGAAUCUGAAAACUUUGGACCUCAGCCACAACCAACUGGAAACUGUCCCAGAGAAAUUAUCCAACUGUUCCAGAAGCCUCCAGAAUCUGAUUCUUAACAAGAAUCAAAUCAGCCAUCUGACAAAGUACUUUCUAGAAGAUGCUUUUGAGUUGCGCUAUCUGGACCUCAGUUCAAAUAGAAUCCAGAUUAUCCAAAAGACUAGCUUCCCAGAAAAUGUGCUCAACAAUUUGAAUGCUUUGUUGUUGCAUCAUAAUCGGUUUCUUUGCACCUGUGAUGCUGUGUGGUUUGUCUGGUGGGUAAAUCAUACAGAGGUGACUAUUCCCUACUUGGCCACAGAAGUGACUUGCGUGGGGCCAGGAGCACACAAAGGUCAGAGUGUGGUGUCUCUGGAUUUGUAUACCUGUGAGUUAGAUCUGACUAACCUGAUUCUGUUCUCAUUUUCCAUAUCUGUAGCCCUCUUUCUGAUGGUGGGUAUGACAGCAAGUCACCUCUAUUCCUGGGAUGUGUGGUAUAGUUACCAUUUCUGUAAGGCCAAGAUAAAGGGUUAUCGGCGUCUGCUAUCACCAGACUCUUGCUAUGAUGCUUUUAUUGUGUAUGACACUAAAGACCCUGCCGUGACAGAGUGGGUUUUGGAUGAGCUGGUGGCCAGACUGGAAGACCCAAGAGAGAAACAUUUUAACUUAUGUCUGGAGGAAAGGGACUGGUUACCAGGGCAGCCAGUUCUAGAAAACCUUUCUCAGAGCAUACAGCUUAGCAAAAAGACGGUGUUUGUGAUGACAGACAAGUAUGCAAAGACUGAAAGUUUUAAGAUAGCAUUUUACCUGUCCCAUCAGAGGCUCGUGGAUGAAAAAGUAGACGUGAUUAUCUUGAUAUUCCUUGAGAAGCCGCUUAAGAAGUCUAAGUUUCUCCAGCUCCGGAAGAGGCUCUGUGGGAGUUCUGUUCUUGAGUGGCCAAAAAAUCCACAGGCUCACCCAUACUUCUGGCAAUGUCUGAAAAAUGCUCUGGCUACAGACAAUCAUGUGGCCUACAGUCAGAUGUUCAAGGAAACAGUCUAGCUCUUCUUUGCAAAAUGUGACUACUUAACUUACCCAGGAGAUGCCUGGCUGCUUGGUUUCAUUUCCUCAUAAAUGUUCCACCAAAUGAGUGUUUUUGAAAUGCUCCAGGACCUGGGAUGCUCAUAUGAGAGGAAACUCACCAAUGUGUGACAAAGGAUUUGGAAAGAUGGAAUUUAUAUAAUACUUUAAUUCUUUCUUCUUUCUUUGUGUGUCCAUUUGCAAUUGGGCCUCUGCCCUCAGAUCUUGAGUAAAUACUGUUGUAAGAAGUGUGGCAAGGAGAGAAUGCAAAACUCUGGUUCACCUAUAAUUGUGACUACUAAAUAUAUACACAAUCAUAAAAUUGAGAAAAACCACACUUCUACACUUAAGAAGUACUAGCAUAUUCAGAAAUAGAGUAAGGAAUUUCAAGCUCUGUCUAUAUGAUAGCAAAUUUUCCAGAGUGAAAUAAAAACCCAGUGAGAUCCUCAACAAAUUGCUUCAGUGCCCCCUUCUGUGUGGACAUAUUUUGGCACCGAAUAGGUGUAAGUUGAUUCAGGGCCUCUUGCUGAUUUCCUUUUGGCCUGUUGAUGGGUUGCACAGGGAAAUAAAGAAGCACCUUCACCAUCAAUAGACAUGGUCUAAAAAUGACUGUUUUUACCUUUGAUGAUAAUUUGUGUGCUGAAAUAUUUUAUCUGCACUACAACGUACUGUAUACAAAGUAAAGUUGAUUCAUCCAAUAAGCUUUCAAACUACUUUGUUAAGUUAUGCCAUAUAUCUGUAAAUAUCUGCCACCUUGAUGCACCAACAUUAGAUGAUCUUGAUACAAAACCAAAACGGAGGAUGGAAAGAGCAUGUAUUUAUUGUUAUCAGGGAUGACAAUUAGAUGGAUGACAAUUAUAUAAAUUCCUUUCAUUUUUGAGGAUGGGGGGAGAAGAUGCAGAAGUCAGCAGACAUUAACAUUGAGAAAACUUCAUAUUCAGCUUUUAUAUUCAAAACAGAAAGGACCUAGACAUUCUUUAUUUUCUUUUUUAUAGUAGUGGGGUUUUAAUUCAGAGUCUUCUGCUUGAACUAUACCCCCAGCCCUUUUUGCUUUAGUUAUUUUUCAGGUAGAGUCUCAUGUUUUUGCCUAGGCCAACCGGGGUCCACGAUCC